CAGCCAACAACAACACACACAAGAAUCACACACAUAGCUACGCUAUUUUCUUAACGUGCGUAGGCGAAUUUCUUAAUUUUCGAAUUAAGAUCGACGCGAAAUUUAUGUAAAACCUUAUUAUUGCAAUUGCAUACACUUUGCUUGAGGCAAUAGCAGACACGGCAACUGCAAAUAAGGCGUUUUAACACACCAACAGCGCCACAAUAUGGGAAACACCGACUCCAAGCUGAACUUUCGCAAGGCGAUUGUCCAGCUGACGCAGAAGAAUCAAAAGAUUGACAACAAUGAUGAACAGUUCUGGGAGCAAUUCUGGCAGGCUCAUCAAACGACGCUUGAGGAUGUGUUUGCGCUGGUCACCGCUAGUGAAAUACGUCAAAUACGCAACGAUAAUCCCGCCAACUUGGCGACACUCUGCUACAAGGCUGUGGAGAAGUUGGCACAAGCCGUCGACAGCAGCUGUCGCACCCAGGCGGACCAACAGUGCGUGCUGAACUGUGUGCGUCUUCUGGUACGCAUAUUGCCUUACAUUUUCGAGGAUGAUAAGUGGCGUGAUUUCUUCUGGAGCAGUCUGCCCGCACAGGAGCAGGCCACUCAUGGCCAAACAGUGCCGCUGGCGCAGUCGCUUCUAAAUGCUAUAUGUGAUUUACUCUUCUGUCCUGAUUUUACGGUAACGGCAACACGUCGUGCGGGGCCAGAGAAGGCCGAAGAGCUGGCUAACAUUGACAGCUGCGAGUACAUCUGGGAGGCAGGAGUGGGAUUCGCCCAAUCACCACCGCGCAAUGCACACAUGGAACGCAGACGCACGGAGCUGUUAAAGCUGCUGCUUACCUGCUUCUCGGAACCAAUGUACCGCAGCCCACAGCAAUCGGAAGAGCCCAACAAAUGGAUUGCCUACUUUACCUCUGCGGAUAACAGGCAUGCGUUGCCACUGUUCACCUCAUUUUUGAACACGGUGUGCUCUUAUGAUCCCGUUGGCUUUGGUGUGCCCUACAACCAUCUGCUGUUUGCGGACACCACUGAGCCGCUAGUGGAGGCCUGUCUGCAGCUGCUGAUUGUCACCUUGGAUCAUGACAUGGUUGUGCAGCAUCAACAGCAGCAGCAGGAACAACAACAACAACAUCAAUUAACCCAUGCAGGUGGAGUGCUGGUCACACCCUACGAUGAGGGCGGCUGCGGCGACAAUCUAUUCAUAAAUUACUUAUCGCGUGUGCAUCGUGAUGAGGAUUUCCAUUUUGUGCUGCGGGGCAUAACGCGCCUGCUCAACAAUCCGCUGGUGCAAAACUAUUUACCCAACUCAACAAAGCGGCUGCACUGCCAUCAGGAACUGCUUAUAUUGUUCUGGAAGAUUUGCGACUACAACAAGAAAUUCUUGUAUUUCGUACUGAAGAGCUCCGAUGUGCUGGACAUUCUCAUACCCAUACUUUAUCAUCUAAACUACUCACGGGCGGAUCAAUCGCGCGUCGGUCUCAUGCACAUUGGCGUCUUCAUAUUGCUGCUGCUCUCGGGUGAGCGCAACUUUGGCGUGCGUCUGAACAAGGCCUACUCGGCCACGGUGCCAAUGGAUAUACCUGUUUUUACCGGCACCCAUGCGGAUCUGCUCAUCACAGUGUUUCACAAAAUUAUAGCCACAGGCCAUCAGCGGUUGCAGCCACUGUUCGAUUGCCUGCUGACUAUCCUGGUCAAUGUGUCGCCUUAUCUCAAAACGCUCUCAAUGGUGGCCAGCGUGAAGCUGCUGCAUUUGCUGGAGGCAUUUAGCACACCCUGGUUUCUGCUCUCAGCGCCCAGCAAUCAUCAUUUGGUGUUCUUUUUGCUGGAGAUCUUUAACAACAUCAUACAGUACCAAUUCGAUGGCAACUCGAAUCUAGUCUAUACGAUAAUACGCAAACGUCAUGUCUUUCAUGCCAUGGCCAAUUUGCCCACGGAUAUGGCUGGCAUAUCCAAGUGUCUGAGUGGACGCAAAACAGGUAGCAAAUUCAAUUUGCCGCGCGUGCCGCAGCGCAAACAGGCAGCGGCCAUGACCAGUCAGGAACUGCCUUCGGCUCAGGUGCCCGACGAGUAUGCCGAGGAGGAGGAUGAAGACGAAGAUGAUGAAGGUGCUGAUGUAGACAUUGGCCGCAUGGAUAAGGAGGCGACAGCCGAGGAGGAUCUCGAAUCGGAAACGGAAUCGCAUGAACGUUCGCAGCUGGGUGACACACAGCUGGACCCGGUUGCAGCGCUGACGGCACAACCCGCCGAGCCGGGAACGCUUAAAACCUCGCUGCUUGAAACGCCAGACAUUGGUCAAAUGACCGAGCGCGAACAGGCGCAUCCCAAUGAAAAAACGGACCUAACGCCGUUUGACAAGUCGCCCGUAGGGUCACCGCGCGCAGCUGGCGCCAAAUCCACAUCGCCGACGCUGUCACGCGAUGAUCAGACGCGUCUCUCGGUGGCACAUCGCUCCAGCAUACGAAUGGUGCCAGGCGAUGGUGAUCGCUGGACGCCCACACCCGAGUGGAUUGUCUCGUGGCGCUCAAAGCUGCCGCUGCAGACCAUUAUGCGUUUGCUACAGGUGCUCGUGCCACAGGUGGAGAAGAUCUGCAUUGACAAGGGCCUCACCGACGAAUCGGAGAUACUGAAAUUCUUGCAGCAUGGCACUCUGGUAGGUCUGCUGCCCGUGCCGCAUCCCAUACUAAUACGCAAAUAUCAGGCUAAUUCCGGCACCACCGCUUGGUUUCGCACCUACAUUUGGGGCGUCAUUUAUUUGCGUAAUGUGGAGCCAGCCAUAUGGUAUGAUACGGAGGUCAAGCUCUUUGAGAUACAGCGUGUCUAAAACUCUAGUAAGUGGAACACCAAACAGCAACUUUAAAAAAACAAACAACAACUACAAUAAUAGCAGCAACAACAUCAACAAAAGGAACAUAGCUUACCCAAAAAAUACAAAAUCGCUUUUGCAUUUACUGUAGUUUAUUUAUUUAAUUCAUAGUCCAUUCCAAAAAUUUAUGAUGUAUGAAAUAUCAAUGUUUUAAAGGGUUUUCAUUUAAAAAAGAAAAGCAUAAUGCUGAUUCAUCAGUUAGGCGUCGGCGUCGUCAGAACAAUCCAUUAAACACCAUUUGAAGCUUUAUCAGUUCUGA